UUCUAUAUUUGAAAUUGUUAUCCAUCAAUACUGAUUUUUUAAAUCUAACAUCACAUACCAAUCUAAUAACACACAGCCAUUAUCAGUUAUACACUUCAUUAUUUAACCUCAAUUAUUUCGAAAACACACACACUAGAGCCAUUAUCAGUUAUACACUUCAUAAUUUAACCUCAGUUAUUUCGAAAACACACACACUCAUGGGUUCGCAAGCACCGCAUGAACUUCCUGUGAUCGAAUUCACUGACAGCAACUCCAAACCGGGGACGACAGAAUGGGACAAAGCAUGUAAUGAAGUGGUUUCUGCCCUGGAAUUGUAUGGAUGUUUUGUAGCAGUUUACGAUAAGAUCUCCCAAGAAACACACAAUGGAGUGUUCGAGGCAUUGGAGGAACUUUUCGAUCGUCCCCUUCAGACCAAAGUUCAGAACAAAUCUUCCAAGCCUUUGUAUGGUUAUGUCGGACAAAUUCCAUUAAUUCCUCUUUACGAAAGCAUGGGUAUCGACAGCGCAAAUACCCUCGAAGGGAUUCGCCAUUUUUCUAAUGUAAUGUGGCCCGGUGGUAAUAAUGAGUUCAGCGAAAAAAUUCUUGCAUAUACAAAGAUAGCCGUGGAGUUGGAAAGAAUUGCUAUACAAAUGGUGUGCGAGAAGUAUGGAGUGAAGGAGUACUACGGAUCCAUUGUUAGCUCGGCUAACUACCUUUGUAGGGUUAUGAAGUAUCGGGAACCUAAGAUGGAUGAAAAUAAAAUGGGAUUUGUUGCUCAUACGGACAAGAGCUUCAUGUCGACAAUCCAUCAAAAUCAAGUGGAUGGAUUGGAGAUCCAAGCCAAAGAUGGCGAGUGGUUUGGUGUUCACAAUCUUUCUACUUCUUCGGUUGUGGUCAUGGCGGGUGAUGCUGUUAUGGCUUGGAGCAAUGACCGAAUAAAGUCACCACGGCAUAAAGUAACUAUGAAUGGAAACAAAUCAAGAUUUUCUAUCGCACAAUUCUCAUUUCUCGAGAAUGGAAUAGUGAAAGUACCCGAAGAAUUGGUAGACGAAAAGCAUCCUUUACGUUAUAAGCCGUUUGAUCAUCUCAAGUUUCUCGAUUUCUACAGCAAAGAAGAGAAUCGGAGACUUGAGAGUGCUAUUAGAACUUAUUGUGGUGUUUGAUUUUUUGUUUACUUUUGUACAACGUUGUCGAAAUAAAUGUAUGUGUUUUGUGUCGAGUGUUUUGUCGAUAUUAUUGUUAUUAAUUUGGAAUUUAGAAACUUAAGAACUUCACAAGUUCAUUCACCCCUUCAAGUGUAUGGAUUGGUAUUAGUGUUUUGGUUGUAAUAUGGUAUUCUCAACCUUAA